GACCUGAUUAGACAGGACGCUCCCUUCGCACGCUCCUCUGCCCCCCCCAUGCUCCCUCCUUGGCAGAAAAUAAAUAAAUAAAUAAAUAAAAAUAAAGUCAAUUAUACAACAGCCGCUAUACCCCGCCUCUCGCUCCUUCCUCUCGCCACAAGAGCCGCCGCCUCCCCUCCACAUGCACUGCAGUCCCGGGCCCCGGCGAACCGGUUCCAGCCAUGUCGGCGGGGAAUGCAGCGGCCGGCGGCGGCGUUGGAGCGGCAGGUGAACGGGCAGGAGAUGCGGCGCUGGAGGAGAACCUCCCCACCGGGCCGCCAGCCGGUUCCUCCUCUGCGGCCGGCUCAGCCGCUGGCCCGGCCUCGGGCCCCCAGGGGGCUGUAACGGAGAUGCCCCGGAAACGCAAGGGCAGCACGGACCUCCAAGAUCCAGCAGAGGUGGACAUGGAAGACGACCAAGACAAGUCCGAAGGGGAGGACCAGCAUGUCAAGGUCAAAUGCUUCAGGGAGCCCCACAGCCAAAUCGAGAAACGUAGACGGGACAAGAUGAACAGCCUGAUCGAUGAGCUGUCGGCCAUGAUCCCCACGUGUCACCCAGUGUCCCGCCGGCUGGAUAAGCUCACCGUGCUGCGCAUGGCCGUCCAGCACCUCAAGUCUGUAAGAGGUGCCACCAACUCCUUUGCAGAAGCCAGCUAUAAGCGUUCAUUCUUGCCUGAUGAUGAACUGAAGCACCUAGUUCUCAGGGCUGCAGACGGAUUCCUAUUUGUCGUGAGCUGUGACCGGGGAAAAAUCCUCUUUGUGUCUGAGACGGUCUCAAAAAUACUGAACUACAGCCGGACUGACUGGAUUGGUCAGAGCCUCUUCGACUAUGUUCACCCCAAGGACAUGGGCAAGGUCAAGGAGCAGCUGUCAGCUUGCGACCUCCACCCCCGGGAUCGUCUUGUAGAUACCAAAACGGGUCUCCAGGUCCAGGCCGACAUCCCAGUUGGGGCGGCCCGCCUCUGCUCUGGGGCUCGCAGAUCCUUCUUCUGCCGCAUGAAGUACAACCGCGUGGUGGUCAAGUUGGAGGAGAAGGGCUUCCAAGCCGGCAUCUCGAAGAAGAAAGAGUCCCAGCGGUACUGCACCGUACACUGUACAGGCUACAUGCGCAGCUGGCCGGCCAGCCAGCUAGAGGCAGAAGUGGAGGGCGACGUGGACAAAGACGGCUCGCACUUCAGCUGCCUGGUGGCGGUGGGCAGGGUACACGCCCCCAUGGCUCUGCAGGCCAACGGAGAGGUCAGGGUCCAGCCCAACGUGUUCAUCACCCGCUGUGCCAUGGAUGGCAAAUUUACCUUUGUGGAUCAACGAGCGACCACCGUCCUGGGCUACCUGCCCCAGGAGCUGCUUGGCACGUCCUGCUACGAGUACUUCCACCAGGAUGAUUUGCCGCACUUGGCAGACAGACAUAGGAAAGUACUGAGGAGUAAAGAGAAGAUCGAAACGAACUGCUAUAAGUUUAAAACAAAAUACGGCUCUUUUGUCACUCUGCAAAGUCAGUGGUUUAGUUUUAUAAAUCCCUGGACCAAAGAAAUGGAAUAUAUAGUAUCAACCAAUACUGUCAUAUCGGGUCACUCAGGAGCAGCUGGGGAGAAAUCGGACCAGCCAGCUCAGCCUAAGGCUUCCGAAGAUGAUGCCAGAAAGGUGUUUCCCAUCAUUCCGGGCAUUUCCAGUGGAUCUGGCUCCAUGAUAUACGCUGGCAGCAUUGGCACCCAAAUUGCCAACGAACUGCUGGACUUUAACAGAAUGAACUCAUCGCCAUUAAGUGGCAACACCAGCCCCUUUAGGAUGCAGGAUAAGAGCCACUUGGCCCUUGCAGCUACCAGUGCUAAUGUGCCAAAUGGAGAGCUUACAGGCAUGGAGCACCCUGGCAAGUCUGGUCCAGUUGGGGAGCAUCGUGGGCAGCAGUUUCCUACAUCAGAAGCCGUCACGGGUGAUCACACCCAGCUGGACUUGGACAGCAUGGUGGGGCCCAGCCUCGGGACACUGAACAACGAUGAGGCAGCCAUGGCCGUGAUCAUGAGCCUGCUGGAGACCGAUGCCAACCUGGGCGAAGCCGUGGACUUCGACGAGAUGCACUGGUCCCUCUAGAGCUCGACCUCCUGCUCUGCUGUCGGGUUCUUUCACACUAUUUUAGUACUCGGCAGUCUUCACUAUGCAGCGACCAGUGUUUUUUUUGCCAUUUAAAAAUUUGUAUUUAUUUGUUUUUGAAGGGGGGGGGAGGGUUUAUUAUUCCAAAGAAGGGCAGGGUAUGACUACUGCGUUAUAUUAGAAGCAGCAAAGCGGUCACCAUAGCCCUCUCCCAGCCUGAUUGCAUUGUACAGCUGUGCCUCAGGUGAGAAUAUCAAGCCCACUUGUCUACGUUCAUUCUCAGACCGUGAACUUCAUGACGAUGGACCCUUGUGUUAAACACAAAGGACACCUGAUGGACCCCCCUUUCUUGGUUCCCCACUUCAAAUAAGGAUAUAUGUAGUGAAGCACAAGAAUGGGAGGAUACAGGAGGGCACUGAGGCAGGUAUAGGGCAGGUCCUGGAGGCCCACUGGAGUGGGUGUCACAUGACUUCAGGGGUGGUGAGUGUUCAGUAAGAAAAGGCAGCUCCUCUCAACAACCCCACUCUACCUUUAGCUUUACACCGAAUGAGCCACGUGAAUCCAGCAGAAACCCACACCACCAGCAAACCACCGGCUUCCCAUCUACCUUGACCUUUGACCCACAGCCAGCAGCAGGAGGACGGUGUUGGGGUGCAGAGCUUGCAGAGUUGCAUGGAAGCAGGACAUUGCACUCAUCGCGACGUGAAUGGCACUGCGUUCAAGUUGGCAGGUGUCUAACUCAGGGAGCAGCAGGAAGGUGGUGACUACCUGCCGAUCACGCAAAUCGUUUACCACUGGUGUUUCGUAUCGUACACCUUGGGCCGUGUCCCGCUGGUGGCCGUUCGCAUGAGCAUGAACCUGGUCCUGAUGUGAAUUCUCCACGUAUCUUACCGUACCUCUUCUGCUGCGAGUCUGGCUUUUGCCCACGAUUCACAAAGGUUGAUUUGGCUUAUGGCUUCACAUAGGAUGUCCAGAGUGGUAACGUGAACAAAAGGUCCAGUAUUUAACUGUGCUUACUUUCCAUACUGGUUAUUCUCCCCUCUAUGGAUGGCUAGGGCCAAAUGAAAUGGAUACAAAUCAUGGUGGCAUGGGCAUAUCGAUUUCAAACUGCGGUGUUUAACUGCAUUUACCAUGAGUGUGGUCUGAUGAACAUGGCUUCCAGCAUCUGUUAUGUGGUGGCUGUAGGAUUUCCUGUAUAUAUUUUGUUUGUGUUUGUAUUUUGAUGGAUUGCUCUAAAAGUGGGGGUAGUUUGCAGUUUAAUAAUGGACAUUGGUAAAAGCAAUCCAGGGAAAAUAGAGGAUUAACAUGGGAUGCGACCAAUUUGGAUCUUCUAGCAGUAGAAAGACACUGAGGUGGAAUCUGGCUUAAUAUUCUGGGUGUGGAGUUUACUGCUACAGCAUGACAGCCAUAUAUAUCUGUGGGAGGAUCUUUCACUCGAUACCAGAACCUCAAGAAAGUUGCAUUUUAUGUUCCGUUUGCUGCUCCGUGUUCAAGUCUACCUCCUAUUUCUGUUCCCGUCUGAGGAUUUAAAAUUGUAUUUGUGCCAGUACACCUUACUGUAGGUGGGCCUUUUUGGAACUGGUGCAGAGGAGCUGGCCGUGGGUUUCUCAGCCCUGGGCUCGAGAUGGCUGCAUAGGAAACGGACCAAGGCGCUGCCUUGCUCAGAUGUGCCUUGCAAACUUUCUGCCCCGCACUGCACACAGAUUGACUUGCGCUGCAGGAACCGAAACCUUUUCCCUCACAGCACGCGGCCAGUGACCCUGGCAGUCAGGGGUACAUCCCUGAAAGGUUUUUCACUGUUAGACACCGUGUUGGAACAAACUCUUAAGAAGCUAUUUAAGUACUAGCAAUAGGCAGACACUGGUUGUUUAACAGCCAUCCGAGGAUACUUGAGGCUUAAAGUAUAGUGUCCGAUAGCUCCCCUUUGGAGUAUGUGAGUAAGUGCUUAACUCCAAAAGCCUUUUCCAAACCAGGCAGUCAAGAUACCAGAAUGUGCCAUAAUGAUGGUACGUGCUGCACUGAGGUAGGGGUUCGAAGACAUUUCUCGGUUAAAGUACUGUACGUGUGCUCUGGGUGGGGUGCCCAGGACACCAAAGGUGUGUGGUGCACCAUUACACGCUAAUCAGCAGAGCACUCACUUUACUAAUCCAGUCUGAAAUUAAAUAUAGCAACUUCUAUCUUAGACUUGAAAUAUGAAGUGGUAAGAUUUUUUUGUAGUAGUAGAAGUUUGUCCCCUUUGAAUAUUUUGCAUGCCGCUCUUUUUGUACCAUUUGUUUUCUACUUAUGUUCGUUUUAUGGGGAAAAGCUGUGUGUGUUUGCCUUAAUGGACGAUGUGAACGAGAUAUACACCCUUCCUGUCCAUUAUGCCCUACUCCUGCUAUCCCACAAUGCCUUGCUCCACGUACGGGGUGAUGGUAGUCGGCGAGUGCUGAGAGCGGCAGGGGGUGGACCGCAACGAGAGCCCUGGCUGUCUGUUACGCUCUCGUGGAUGAAGAUGCUCAUCAGCUGACCGUGACAUAACUGCUGCUGUUAAGAGGCGCACGCCUGGUGGGCCGUCCUGUAGGAACAUUUCAAAUAAACAUUAGUGUCCCCUAAA